AUGACUUGGCUACCAGGUUGGCAACGUUUGAACGUGGCCGUCGUGGGUGGUGGCAUCGGUGGCAUGUCAGUUGCGACUGCUCUACGCCGUGCAGGUCAUGAGGUGACGAUCUAUGAAAGAAACGACUUUGCUGGUGAAGUGGGAGCUUCAGUCUCCUGUGCUGCUAAUGGGACCCGCUGGCUGCAUGAGUGGGAAGUAGACAUUGCCAAAGGUGACCCCGUUACCCUUCGAGGUCUUAUCAACCGGGACUGGAAGACCGGCGAGCCUGUCAGUGAGGUUAGCCUGGAUGAUUAUGAAGAAAAAUGGGGAUAUGUGUACUACAUGUUCCACCGACAGCAGAUGCACUCCAUGCUGAAGGAUGCAGCGUUGGGUGAAGGCAAGGGUACCCCAGCUAAGUUGAUGGUGAACUACCGAUGCCGAGACGUUGAUCUAGAGACCAACACUAUUACUUUUGAAAACGGAGUCACUGUGAAACACGAUCUGAUCAUCGGCGCCGACGGUAUCGGAUCGGCAGUUCGGGGCAUUCUGGGUAUUCACCCCGAAAAGCGUCUCUCAGACCAGACAUGCUUGCACGCCAACGUUGAUGCCGAUGAAGCCGAGAAACUCGGACUCGUCAACUACUCCGAGCACAGUGCACUAGAAUACUGGGGUGGCCAGGAAGGAAAGUGGGACAAGAUCGUACUGUCGCCUUGCAAUGGCGGAAAGCUCCUUUCGUACUACUGUUUCUUUCCUCGCGAGGAAGGCGAUGUUUCCAACCAGGCAUGGGGCUCAGAGGGCCGACCCGUUGAAGAUCUCCUGAAGCACUACCCUCAGCUUGACAGGCAGGUUUUCAAGCACCUCGCCAUCGGCAAGGAGAUUCAGCCUUGGCGUCUCUGGGUCCACGAUCCGUAUCCUUACCUCCGACAAGGUAAAGUCUGUCUAUUGGGCGAUGCUGGACACCCGAUGAUGCCGCACCAAAGCCAGGGCGCUUGUAUGGCUAUCGAAGAUGCGGCGGCGUUGGGGAUUCUCUUCAGCAAGGAGUAUUUCAAUGGGAGAAUUGAGGAGUCUCUUGCCGUUUACCAGGCGAUUCGCCUUCCCCGUGUCACUCGGGUGCAGGCUGCUGCUGCGAAAGCAGCCUACAACAUCAAUGAGAGAAUUGGGUUCUCUGCAAACAAGAACAUCGCCACUUACAAGGUUGAGGAUCCGAAGAAGAUCCUCACUCUUGAAGAGAUGAACGCCUAUGAUAUGUAUCGCGACAUCGAGGAAAAGAUAGCGGAAAUGAAGGGUCUCAAAUAUGAGGACCGUUUCAUCUGUGGACUGCCGAUUGGUCUGAAGCUGGCAAGUGGGGUUAUCGUCGGGGAAUAA